CAGAGGGCCAGAGAUGCACAGAGGAAUCGAACAACACCCAGCCACUAAAUAAUGCAGCAUAGAUGGGCCCCAAAAGACCAAAAAGUUCAUGAAACCAUUAAAUCUUUGAUCAAAAGAAAAUAAAGUCAGACACCGUUACUACAUUCUCAUUUAUUUCUCAUUUAUUUUCCUGUGUGAGAGAAGCCAAUACGAAAUUCCAUUAUACCUGAGUGUACUGACAAUAAAGAUCAUUCUACUCCCUGAUUUGCUGUACCCAUGAAAUAGAAUACAAUUGCUUCCGGGAUCACUGUUAAAAGCUGUUUCCCGUUCAUGUGAAAAAAAGUAUUUUCUAAAUACGAAGCUGUUGUCAAGUACUGUCACGUAGUGAGGUCUUAAUCUGACCUCAGAUUGAAAUCAAAUCAUCAAGGCCCGCAUAUGAACCGAAACCCAAGCAUCUCUCAAUGUGGCAAUAUAUAUUUUGCAGACAUCUCAUUUGACUCCUGGUAUGAGCAGCAUAACAUGGAGCUGUGUUCACCUUGAUGUGCACGGAGUGAGGCAUGCCAGAGCACUGUGGUUGAUGUGGCAGGGGGCUCGCAACCUUUCCCCAGGGGCUGUGAGGGAGAGGAGACGAGAAGAGUGCAGGGGGCUGAGACGGGCUGGUGGGUUUGGUGGCUUUUGUUUUGCCUCAUUUGUUCUUUUGGGGGUUCAGGGGCUUCUUGUUCCCCCAACGGUGACAGAGAACUGCCUUUCUAGGAACCUGAAAGUCGGGCAGGGGUGGGGAAGAAUGUAACUGUUCAUUUACUAUGACUUUUUAAGUGUCUUUAUUUUAUAGUAAUGGAUAUGGGUUACCUGAGGAGUUGAGAAUAUUCUUGAAUUGAUACUUAAUACUCCCAAUAAUAAUUUCUUUGCUUAAAAUAUAUAUUUGAAGAAUUCCACAAAACAAAAAUUCCAACCGAAGUGAAAGCUGUUUCCCACACGGUUUCUCUUCAGCAUUUUUGGAAAAAAAGUUUGCGAAAUCUAGCUUUUAUAUCAGUGGUGCCUUUAAAUAUCCUCAGAGUACUUAGUUGAAAAUACUCUAGAGGCUUAUAUGUCUUAAAGGGGCACUCCCUUUACUAUUCAACUUCAGAAGUUGCAUGUCCUCUGCUGAUGGAGCUUUCCAAAGUUUUUACCAUCAUCUCAAAUAACCCUGAUUAUGUCAUGGGUCAAGGUUUUCUCCAUUUGUGCUUUCAGAGUAAAAGGAUCUAUCAAUCUAUCUAUCUAUCUAUCUAUCUAUCCAUCUAUCUUUCAUUCUUUCUUUACUGGGCUGUUGAGCUGCAUUAUGCGGCAGAGAAGUCCAAGUUUUUUGUGGAACUUUACCCAUAUUGGGGCACUAUACGUCAUGAUAUUUUGAUCAACACUGCACUGAUUUUUCCUUUUAUUUUAAUGUUUUUUUAAUGUCUCCUGCAAGUCCCCCAACUUCAUGAAAGUGAACUAAUAAAUCGCAGUAACACACUUGGGUUGAGCGGACGCUUGAUGCAAGAAUAAAUUGGAUGUAAGGCAUAAUAGCAAAAUAAUGCUUGAUUUAAAGUGGCUGUCCGACACUAAACAUCAGAUAGACACGGUUAGCAACUUAGUGGGGAGCAAAGUUUUUACCACUUAAGAAAUGGUAAAAUCCCAGUGUAGUGUUUACAGGCCAGUUAAUAAAACUCAAUUUCAGUUCAGAGAGAUAAAUAUGUUUUAACGACUGUGCAAGAUUCUGCCCAAGUUUAUCACAUCACGGAUAUCUCGAUGAAGAAGCAUGUGGUCAUGCAUAUACUGUAUAAAUAGAUACAGACAGAUUUACAGUAGACCACUACAUGUCAAAGAAGCUCACUCAGUAGAACAUUUUAAAUCUAGAUAGAAAAGCCUCUACUCAUUAGUAUAGCCGACCAUAGUACAUCAUCACUUAUUUUUUGAACUUAUUUUUUUUAUUUAUGUUUUUUUUAUUGUUUUAUACUUACUGUUUUAAUGCUGUUCAGUUGUCUUAUUGUUGUCUGUUAUUUUAUGUGUUCCUUUCAUUGUAAAGUGCUUUGAGACGUAAUGGGUAAUGGUGAUUUUACACUUGAAUAUAUAUAGAAUAUAUGAAUAUAUUUUGAUUGAUUUUUGAUUCAUUGACCAAUAUUCCUUCAAAUACCAUUGAAAUUGUACAUGAUAGAUGUUGCAUCAGAGCAAAAACAAAAAAGGACAAAGCGAUAACUUUGCUGAGUCACAGUCCUUGCUCAAGUUUCACAGUCAUGCAAAUUACAACUGAAUCACUCAAAAUUAAAUAUACAUAUCUAGGUGGCAUUUACUGACAUUUGUAUACCUGUAAAAGAGAACCUGAUUAUGAACAUCUUUGUCUACUUUCUCAGUGUGUCUCGCGUGAACGUGGGUGUUUCACAGUAGGUGAGAUAUAACAUCCUUACUUCAAAAGAAUUGCCGUGAGUGAUCACAGAAUGAAAAAUAUAACAUUAUCAGGCAGCCUCGGGGUCAGGCCGUGGUGUCAGCUCUUAAGGUGUUUAUCUGUGUCACUUCAGUGGCUGGCGGAUGACAGUGGUUUCAGUUAGGGGACUUGACAAAAUGAAGUGCAGUGCCACUUUCUCACGGCCAACAACUUCUCUUUCUUUCUGUCACCCUUUUCCCCCCUCCCACCCAUUUUCUCUCACUUUGGUUGGCAAAAGAGCAAAGUUUACAGACAGUGCAGGACUUUCUUGUCUCGUCAGACGAGGGCAAGGGAGAGAAAAAAGUCUGAGAGCUUCAUGACAUAUUUAUGUUGAUAUUGGUUAUGUACAGUUAGCACAUCGAGACACUUUACCACGAAUUCGAUUUCACAAUAUAACAAAGGAGGAGCAGUGGUGACCGGGAAAAAAAGACUUGUUUUGCAUGAUGGAUUAAGAAUUUUAAUUACUAAAAUGUACUAUUGCCAUGGGAACUUUGGGUUGUACCUGCUUUCAAUACCACAGGGUCAUGUACAAAAUAAAGCCACAACACCUCUCAACUAUAGGCCCCUGCCUCCCACUGAACAGGAAGCAAGUGUUUUGCCGUCUGUGUCACAACUUAUCGCAUUAUCCUACGCUUUUCAAUCAAUUUCUGUCAGAUUCAAAGCAUCACUGAUUCAGCUUGAAACCAAACUGCAGAGCUUUCCGUCAAACUUACUGGAGAAAAGACUUCAGUUGUGGAACAAAUUGCCUCUGCAGUGGUGCCUAUAUGGAAACAUUCUCCAUACAAAUAAAACGAUGACGGCGAUAUUGUCGGUGGUAAUGAUGGGCAUCCCCACUCCCACACAUGCAGCCGACUCUCUGAGUUUUGCAUCACUUCGAGAAUGCAGGGUUACAGAAAGGUAAGGGGUGUGAGAACUACAAAAUGAAAUGGUACCCAAGACAGCCACUGCCUACAUUGGCAACAUUUGUGUUGGUGUACGUAGUGAGAGCCUAAAUGUAUCAGAACAACCCUGAAUAGUAAAUAACUGUAAGAUCCUAUGCAAUUAUUUACCCUUAUGUCAAGCAAAUAGUAAAUGGACUGUAUUUAUUUAGAACUUUUCUAGUCAUAUCGACUUCUCAAAGCACUUAAUAUUUUUGUGUGUCUCAUUUCAUGUCUUGUUUCGCGUAAAUCAGAAGCAGUAACAUAGUGUGUGUGUGUGUGUGUGUGUGUGUGUGUGUGUGUGUGUGUGUGUGUGUGUGUGUGUGUGUGUGUGUGUGUGUGCGCGUGUUGUGUCUCAACUGUUCGUACAGAUCUUAUAAAUUUGACGCGCUCAGGUCUGUAGCAAACUGUGAUGUUCUUCACGACAUAGACGUAUGAAUCCUGUCACUUAACACAACCCCACCCAAAACACUGCUGCCACAAUGGGCGCUUGGGUUCACGCGCGCGUGUUUGUUGCAGAUGAAAAGGUGUGAAGUCGUAGGAACUUUUCACAGCAGAACCUUGAAACCGAGGGGGGGAGAAAGGGUAUCGGCUACUGGUUGUGUCGGGCGGGCCACACCGCAGCGCGCUCUCUAAUUUUAAAGCUAUAUUUCCCUGAAAGGCUUUUCAACAAAACACAAUUACUUUCUCUCACAUCAUUGAACCAGAAUGACCCUCCUGAAAAUCAAACUUGUAACGAGAAAAGAAACCAAUCACAAUCACAUUGUUAUUUUAUGUUUUUUUUACCCGUGUUACAGUUGACUUGCGACAUGAUGUAAUAAAGCAUUUAGUUUCAAGGAGUAAUUAGACAUUCACUUUCUUAUAUGCUGCAUGGAAAUAUUGAUACCACUCUCCUCUUUUAUGUCCCAGAAGCCAGUUAGCUUAGCUUAGCACAAAGCCAAGCUCUUGUGGCUCUUGGGAUGACAAUAUGCUCUGUAUCUGCUGGACGUGGAAACAGGCCAUAACAACUAAUGGCUCAGACGAACAAAUGACUAUCACAACAUGCAGUCGCACCUGUCCCCUGCUGGCUGCUUUUCCCACUCGACGUAAAAAAAACGUGUCCUCCAUCCCCAGCUGCCAUGUUUGCGAGUUGGAAAAUAUACCGGGGGGUCCACCCCCUUCAACUAAGUAGGCAUAAUGGGGACCGUUGAGGGUGAGAAGUGGCCACCCUUUAACACUUUUCGACCCUUUUGAGCGCACCAUCCCAUCCGCCAUCUUUUUAGACAACGUCAGCCGAUCCGUCCAUCAGUUUGUUCUAGACUGCAGUAUCUAACCGACCGUUGAAUGGAUUGUUUUCCGAAACUUAAUAAAAGACAUUGGACCCCAGAUUUAUUUGGUGACCUUUCCUCUGGCGAUACCAUGAGGUUUUGUGUGCAAGGAUUUUCAGUGAAUUUGGCUUAGUUUAAUGUGUUUAAUGUGUCCAUUACUUUGGUUUGUGACCAAAUGUCUUAUAAAUAAUGCUCUAUCAGGACACGUUCCAUGUGAAUGAUUGCGUGCACACAUUCUUCCAGAUGCAUGGAAAGAUCUGUGUCAAGGCUGUAGAACUGCUUCACAACAGAUUGAAAUGCAGCCACAGUCUGCCUGUGCAACCCUGCACUGGGAUUCUUCAUGCUGAGGAUUGCGCAGGUGACCUCUGCUACUGUUUUAGGUUUUAACAUGUUCGUUUUUUUAAAACACAGUAAUCCAGGCACAGUGUACAGUGUGUGAUGACCCCCUACCCUUUUGCUCUUAUCCUGUGGCUGCAUUCCGGUUAUCAGGUGGGCGUGGCAGUGCUCGUCUGUGCCAAAUGGUGACCCCUGACGUCGGGGUUCCCAGUGGGCACAAGUGUGCAGUCUCCCUGUCAGCUUCACAGUGAGCAGCUGCUGACUUUGGUCUUGUCGUUUAAGUUUGUGUAAUGAAUUCCAAUUUCAUUGUUUAAAUCUUGUGUUGGUGGUUUUGUCACGGCCAUUGUCCGUGUCCCAGUUGCACCUUCACUCGUUAUCAGGAGAGUUUUCUGUGGCAGCAAUAAACGCCCGUCUCACUCACAUGUACCCCUUGGCACAGAUGCUGCAACUACCACACUUUGCACUCACACUACUGCACAGCAUACACAAUGAAUACACACACCAGCUGUGUAGUGUAGAUCACAUUGUGGUUCACUGUCAGUUUGCGUCUUUGAUUCUGCACGACACAGAUACAAAAGAAACCACUCACUGACUUACACAUGACCCACACGUGCACACGUGUGAGAGGGUUAAACACGCAUAUGCACUCUCAAAUGUUACAUUACACUGUUCGACGGUGACACGAGCGCAUGCGGUGGGCUGCUUGUUGAGUCAAAUACUGCUGUUAAACUCGCAGCACUUUAACUUUGAGCACUCCCUGCUGGAUAUUGCUGGAUGUGGUGUUGUCGUUUUAGUUUUGUAGGGAACCCAAUAGUCACGUAUGGGACAGAAGUGAAGGCAGUGGGACCAAAACUAAAUUUAACAGAAGAGACCUAUGAUCAGGUUUAUUACGCGGGAAAACUGUUAAGGUUUCCAAUUACCUUAACAUAAAAUAAGACAAUUUCAGUAAGUACAUAAAUGGUGGAAAGUAACAAAGUACAUCUGGUGAGUAUUAUUACAUUAAUACCCAAGCAGAAUAUAAAAAUAAGAUAUAAUGAUCUCCACCUCAGCGGCACCAUUUAAAUUCUGAAAACGACCGUUCUGCAUAGUAAGUACAUAUAUUUCAUACUGUGAGAACAUUUUCCAAUAUUUUUCUUGUGAUUGUUAUAUAAUUCUAAUAAUCAGAGUAAUUCGGUUAUGAAGGAGUUAAAGAGUAUAGGCGUGACUUCGGUGGGUCUUGAAUGGGCCUCCAAGUGUUGAAUUAGAUUUUUCAGUCACACAUCCCCCAUUGCCAUGGUAACCCUUUCGAAACGCUGAGUGCCGGCCAGCCAAGGAGGAGUUUUGUUGUAAGUUUCAGGAGUUUUUCUCAGCACAACCGGACAGUACCGGAAUCAAGUUUCUGCGAGGAGGCUGUGAGCUGAUCAGAAGAGGGGGAGAAAAGUCAGACAGCAAGUUCUCUCCCCAAGGUAGGUAAAAAAUUCAUCUUGGUUGUAAUAAAAAAAUGAAAACUUUCUCAGAAUAUAGCGUGUGCAUUGGACCUCAAUGUUAAUAGGAAGAAGAUGUUUGAGAAAAUCUUUCAAAGGGAUUUGUACUGGGUACAUCGUAUUCUGUAACCGGAUCAGGAUCUUCCUGGAUCAGGCCUUGGUAACAUACUGUUGUUCAAUUGCUAUUAACACAUAUUUUUGAUAGCUGGUAUUACACCCCAUAAUAUUUAGAGAAAUUCAAAUAAUUGCUCUUGCAGGAACUGGUGGCCAGUAGUUUGAUGAUCCGCCUGUAGAGCCAUAACACGAUACACCUGCCAAUAUCAGACUCAUCUCUGUACAUCACCACAUCAGUUUAUGUGCAUGACUUCAUCUCUUACAGUCGUCCUUGGAGGACCCAGAGGUCACCAUGUUUUCCCUGUCAGAGCUGGCGCCUAUCAACCAGCAUCAGAGCAGGUCUAAAUUGUUGAAGCCCUGGUGGGAGGUCUUCAUGGACUAUCUGGUGGUCCUGAUGCUGAUGACGUCUGUCUUGGCGUGCACUGAGCAGCUGUCCCGGGAUCGAGUGGUCUGCAUUCCCUUGGAUCCAUUUGUAACCGCGAAUACCAGCGAUCACGGUUCCUCACCCAGCGGCGAUGUGGCCCCGACGACUCCAUCGUCAAAGCACAUUCCGCAACACAGCAGCCCACAUCUUCACUCUGCACCCCGGGGUCGACGGACUCAUCUGGUCUACCAGCAGUACGUUUACAUUAGCCAGGUGUGCUACCAUGAGGCUUUGCCGUUGUGCUCCCGCUUCUUUCCCUACAUCGCCUUGCUGCAGUCCCUGGUGCUGGUAGCCAGCGGCUCCUUCUGGCUCCACUUCCCCCACACCUCUGCCCGCAUAGAGCACUUCCUGGCCAUCUUGGCAAAGUGCUGCGAGUCGCCCUGGACAUCUCAAGCCCUGUCCCGUGCCGCACAGCAGGAGAACAUCCAAGAGAGGGAGGCGGAGCGACGGCCCCCCCAAUCUCCUGCCUUUCCACCUUCUCCCCCGGUGGCCCGCGCAAGACGUCCGAGCGCAGACUCGGGCACAGACAGCCCACUUUUGAAGAGGUCGGACAGCGUGUCCUCGGCCAUCCCUCCCUCCCCGUGCCCCUCCACCCUCUCCUGUGACUCCACCAUGUCGUCCGUAUCCAUCGGGUCCCGGGUGCACUCUCCUGGUUCCAAGCCAUCGGUUGUGGUUGACAAUCCCAGGCAGGUAAUCAGUCUGGAUAAAAGUGACGGGGAACAGGCCAGGGCGCUGUUCGAGAGGGUCAGGAAAUUUCGAUCCCACUGUGAAAGCUCAGCUGUCAUCUACAAGGUCUACUUGGCUCAGACGAUAUUCAAAUUGCUGAUGGUGUCUCUCAUCUUGAGUUACACCAUCCCUCUUCUCGGCAGCUUAUCCUUCACGCACACGUGUCACCCCGAGGAGCACGCCCUGGUGGGCUACGCCACCUUUGAGUGCAUCCACGUGCUCUCCUCGCUUCUGCGCAAACUGCUGGUGGCCUACCUGACCCUGCUGGGGCUGUACGGCCUGCUCAACGUUUACACCCUCAGCUGGAUUUUACACAGCUCUUUACGACAGUAUUCCUUCCUCUCACUGAAGGAGUUGUGCUCCCUGAGAGACGUCCCAGACCUGAGAAAUGACCUGGCCUUUCUGUUACACAUGCUAGACCAGUACGACCCCUUGCUGGCCCAGCGUCUGUCCGUGUUUUUGUCACCGGUCAGUGAGAGUCGGCUGCUGGAGGAAAGCUUGGAGAGGCGCUGGGGGGAGGAGAAGCUGCGCGCCAUGACCAGUGUGGACGCGGAGGGCUGCUCCAGACUGCAGCUGGUGGCCCUGCCUCACCUUCCUCCAGCCCUCUUCACCCUCAGCCAGCUUCAGGUUCUCAAACUGGAGCUCAUCAAAGAUGCCAGGUUUGCUGCACAGGUAGCCAACAUGACCUCACUCAGAGAGCUCCACCUUUACCACUGCAGAGCAGCAGUGGAACCCAGUGCACUUGGAGUCCUCCAGGAACGCCUUGAGGUCUUCCACCUCACCUUCACUCAGGCAUCAGAGAUCCCCAGCUGGGUCCUGUCGCUCCGCAGCCUGCACGAGCUCCACCUCUCUGGUCGCCUGUGCAGCGAAGGCGGGGUGGGCCGCAGCUGGGCACUCGGCAGCCUCCGCCAACUGCGUCACCUCCGCGUACUGGUGAUUCGAGGCACGUUACAGCGGAUCCCCGGAGAGGUGUCUGAGGUGGCGGGCAGCUUGGUGAGGCUGGAGAUCUACAAUGAGGGCACCAGGCUGCUUGUGCUGACGGGACUGAAGCGAUUGGGCGACCUGACGGAGCUGCUGCUGCAGGACUGCCAGCUCGAGCGUUUGCCCUCUGCACUUCUGGCUCUGACCAAGCUGCGGACCCUUGACCUGCAGCAUAAUAACCUGAGAACUCUGGAGGAGCUGCUUAGUCUGGCUCAUCUGCGGCAUCUUUCUUGCCUCAGACUCGCCUAUAAUCGCGUUCUGGUGCUGCCAGCUAGUGUUGGUGUGCUCCGAGGCCUAGAGCUCCUAGAUCUGUCCAACAACCAGCUCCAGAGCCUUCCCCCAGCGCUCUUCACUCUUCGCCGCCUUCGUAGGCUCCUGCUGGCUGGCAACCUGAUCGAGGACCUGCCUGCCGAGAUAAAGGCACUGCAGCUGCUUACAGAGAUCGACCUCAGUGGGAACAGGCUUGAAAACCUGCCCCCUGUGCUGUUCAGUGGUUGUCUGGAGCUGCGCAUCCUAAAUGUGGCUCACAACUCUCUAAGUUCAUUACCUAGGGGAAUUGCAGCUUUGAGUGAGUUGUGCAGGUUGGACUUGCGCAGUAACAGUCUGGAGGAACUGCCUGCUGAACUGGGCUGUUGCACAAGAUUGCAUAGAGUUGGCCUUCUGGUGGAAGACUGGUUGUUCCUUUCUUUGCCUCCCCAUGUCAGGGACUUCCUGGGCCGAUCUCGCCCCACCUCUGAUGCAUACUCAGAGGGCCAUUCCCGGCCAGAGUCUGACAGUUUCCCAUACUUCUCUCCGACACAGUGGAGCUUCUCUUCUGCUCUGGAAUCUCAGAUUUAAGACUAAUGACUAUCCCAAUAUUCACAAUAUUCUUGCAAGCAUCUUUGCGCACUGAUAUGUUUUAUAUUUUUUAUGGGGUUUAAAUUUGCCAUGCUUUUGUGUACAUUUGUCGGGCAAUCUGUUAGGAUGUCGUUUUCCUGUUGGUCCUUCUGAUAUGGUGCUUGAAUACAACAAUCUUGUUGUAUGUACAACUCAGCAUAGAUAGCACAUAUUCUGAACAAUAAACACUAUCAUUUCUGUUGA